AAGGGAAGUGAUGAGCAUCACAUCUUGCAACAUUUCCGAUGAUAUGAAUGUUCCCUAAAACGUAAGAGACAAGGAGGCAGCCCUAUUUGUAGCUGUAUAACCAUUGCAAUUGCAAGUCUUUCCAUCUUCUCUGAGCCUCAAGACUAUGAUACAAGGAUAAAUGAAACAAAGAAGUUUUCAAAUACAAGGCAGAUAGCUUGGAAGCAAGUAAAAUGAGCAGACCAGACCAGACCAAUUCAGAGGAGAGCAGUUCUCUCUGACAUCUGUCACACCAGACAACUUUUGCUGCUUUCUGUCUCCAAGGAAGAAAAAAUGCUUGCUUGUCUUGGACUCAUCUUCAUGACACACUGGAUGCUGCUGGUUGCCCAGAUGUAUGAUGACUGGCAGUGCACAAACUGGGAAAUGUCAGAUUCACCCAUCCAAAAUUUGACGCUGAAUUGGUGGAAAACAGAACUGAGUUGGAUCAGCACCAUGAAUUUCACUAAAUACAAUUGUUUUAUGACAGUAAACAAUAAUACAGUCAAAAUACAGGGAAAGAAGACAAAUUGCAUCUUUGUAAGAAACCUAGUAUUUCCUCUGCACAAUGGGGCAAACUUUUCGGUAAUAGCAGAGGCAACAAACAGUACAUACUCAGUCACAUGCGAGUAUAUUCCUCAAGGCAUUAAUGGGUCAGCCAUUGAGAACUUCUCCUGUGUGAUUUAUGACAUUUCCCUCAUGAACUGCACUUGGCAGGCAGGCAGGAACGCUCCAGGAGAUACCCAAUAUUAUCUCUACUGGCAGAACUCAAGAUAUGGUGACGUAAUGGAAUGUGAGCUUUACAUUAAAGAUGAAAAUGGUAGACAUGUGGGAUGUAGAUUCAAAAACGUGAAGAUAGAGAGAUCCUACUUUUUGGUGAAUGGGUCUAGCAAAAAUACCCUGAUCCAGUUCUAUGACACAGAUAUUGAACUAUAUACAAUCGAAAAACUCAUGCCUCCAUCGAAUGUCACUGUCAGUUGUAACGAAAGUUCAGAUUCUUGCACUAUUCAGUGGCAACAGCCCCAAAUAAAUCACUCUAACAAAGACAGAUGUUUUAAAUAUGAAAUCGAAAUAACAUCCAAGGGCAGCUCUGCAGAGUGGACCAAUCAAAGUUACACAAAAGAAAUGGUUACAAGCCACGUAGUUCAAAAUCCCAACAUGAGAAAGAAGAACCUGGUGAAAAUAAGAGCAGCUGGCCGUAUGUGUAAAGUGAACAAAGACUGGGGGGAAUGGAGUGCAGCUGUGGAGUUUGGAAACGAAGAAAUUUCUUCUUCAGUAUGGAUUUUACCUGUACUGGCAGUUGCAACACUCUCAAUAGCUAUCUUUACAGUUUGCUUCUGCAAAAGAACUGGUUAUUGGAAAGCAGCAUUUCCACAAGUCCCAAAGCCAAAAAAUCCAUUUAAUGUACAGCCUGAUAUAAAUCCACAGAUGAUGGAGUGCAAAAUGCAGUCAGUAACAUCUGAAACUGAACAAAUUACAGUAGUUGCUGAAGUAGUAAAAUAGUAGAAACAAAUGAGGAACCUGAAAGCAUACUUUUUAGUACUUUUUGGGUAAUUUAGCUCUUAAGAAAGUCAGGGAUUAAAUUGCAUAAGCAAUGCAGCCAAAAGAUAAGAUUAUUUAUGUGUAAGUUUUUGAAAUGCCUUUGUAUUUUCUUUUAAUUUCAUCUUUCUUUAGUGUUUGGGUAAUUGUCCUUAUUGGGUCUUCCAUUCUGUGAAUAUGAUUUAAAUAUUUUGGUCAAGAAGUUUCAGUUACAUUUCAAUUUGUUUAAGGAAAAAAUAACAUUUUUUUUUUUUUUUUAUCAUCUUUUGUUGAUAUUCAAACAGAAAAUGGUCAGGCAUUUCUCCCCUUAACAGAAUUAACCUUUGAGAAAUUUCAUUCACAAUAAAGAUGACUUUAUCCUCUGA